AUGACGCCAGAGGCGAAGCUGGAGCUGCAUGCGGCGGCAGGGGAAGCGCAGACGACGGUGGCCCUUCAGAGGGAGUCGCCCUCCAUCGCCCUGGCGAGCCUCACAGCUUCAAGACACGACCGCCUGGCGGACGCUGAGUCUUCCAACGGCGGCGAGUCGACGUGCAUCGUUUGCUUUACCCACCCCAAGACUCACAUUGCGGUACCGUGUGGUCACCUCUGCGCGUGUGCCAUCUGCUCCCAACGGCUGCCCGAUGAGUGCCCUUACUGUCGAGCUUCGGUGAUGAUGUGGAUGCGGGCGCAUCGUGUGUAA